AUGGAGCAAAAAGCAGCUGCAGCCACGUGGAGCCUGUAUUUUUCUCUUCUUAAUCAAGUCCGGACGUUGAUGCAGGACGCAGAGGCGCGCUCCACAUUACGCGCAUCCACAAGGUUCGUAGUGGGCAAACGCGAAUACGUGCUGCAGUGCAGUGUUCGAAACAGCUUGUUUGAGUUGGACGAGGAAGAUCUUGAGGAGAAGGUUUUACGCUGGUCGCUCCCGCGUUGA